AUGCGUUCCCUUACCACGUCAUUUAUCUCCCUAUCCCUGCUAUCAGGCACAGUCCACGCGGAAAGCUUCGCUCGUGUCUGGACACACUUCUACCCGAAUUGCCCUGGCGAGGCAUUCAGCAAACUCGACACAUACGAAAACUACCAGGUAUCCACCCCAUCCCAAGACAUCACCGUGGACAACUGCAAAAGCCUAGCCGUCCCCUCGUACGAGCAGAACCUUGUCGACGCCAUCUCUGUCGACGCCGAGCUCCUCUCCGACAACCACGACCUCCCCUUCCUGUCAGGUGGCAGCGGCUGCAACAUCACCGUGCAUGAGGUCCCAGAGUGCAUCGACCCGCCCCUAAUCACCAAAGAGAUCCGAAAUGGCGUCGCGAUCAGCCAGUGCGAGUCGCGCCAGUUCUCCGCUUACGGCCAGGUCUGGGUGAACCUUGUUUGCGACAGCGAGAGCCCUCUCCACAACGAGAAUAUCCCUACCCACGGGACAAAGGAGAACGAUAAGCAAGCAGACACUCACCAGUCCAUGCCUACUGCGCAGCCCGAUGCUCCUGUGCGCGGUGAAAAGCAUACUACCAUCGAGGAUAUCAACAAUAUCCAGACGCCAGGGUCGAACUCGGAUUCCUGGCGUUCGUCCGAGGUUACGCAUAACCAGCGUGAGCCGGUCCAGGAGGGCCGUGUUAAUGAUGCCGGUCAUGCGCAGAGUGAGCAGAUCGUGCAUCACAUCAUGGAGUUAUUGAAGAAUAAGACUUCGCAUAUCGUCACGGGCAAGCAUCAUGCUGCCCACCCGAAUCUUACGCUGCAUCACAAUGGCACUGCCCCGGGUAAUCGCACUGUGAUGUCUCGUCGGCGUUUAUCUGUUUUGCGAAACAGGGCUGCUCGUUUAAUUUAG